ACACAAAGUUCUUCUCUGGAAGAGAGCUAUGGCGGUUUGCGGCCAAACUAGGUAGAAAGAAAAUGCGGCUUCUUCUCGAGGUAAUCUAAUCCGCUAGAGUGUUGGCGCGGCAGCUAUCGAUUCUUGAGUGUCUCUCACGCCUGACAUCGCUGGAAUGAGCGCCAUUCAGUGCUGAUCUCGAGCGCAUUGUGGUGGAACAGGGUAUGGCUGCCGCGAUCAUCAUGUAGUGCCUCCGAUUUCCAGUGAUUUUUCUCGGAUUCUCGACGGCCAGGGGCUGCUAGCACGAUAUUUCGAGAGAUUUCCGGGGCUGAAUGGCCACGCUACAGGAUCUGGGCGUGGCGGCGGCCAUCAACAUCAUCUCGGCCUUUAUCUUCCUCCUCGUCUUCGCGUUCCUCAAGCUCCAGCCGGCCAACGCCAGGGUUUACUAUCCCAAAUGGUACCUCAAGGGAGUCCGCCAGGGCAGCUCCAGGAGCGACGAGCGAGGAUCUUUGCUCCGGUUCGUGAACUUGAACUACAAAUCUUAUCUACAUUUCUUGGAUUGGAUGAGGGACGCUCUGCGAAUGCCGGAAGGGGAGCUCAUCGCUCACGCUGGGCUUGAUUCCGUUGUCUACCUCAGGAUAUACCUUCUCGGGCUUAAGGUCUUCGUCCCUUUGAUGUUACUCGGGUUUUUGGUGCUGGUCCCUGUGAACGUGACCGACUCAAACAUCCAAACUGGCAAAAUUUUCGGUACCGACAUCGAUAAAAUCUCACUCACCAACAUCAGGGAGAAAUCCCCAAGGCUGUGGGCGCACGUUGUUAUGACAUAUGUAUUUACGGCAUGGACGUGUUUUAUGCUCUUCACGGAGUAUAAGACGGUGGCACGUAUGCGUUUCCAAUUCCUUGCCGCCGAAGCCCGCCGCCCUGACCAAUUCACUGUACUUGUUCGGCAAGUGCCUUUGGAUCCGGACGAACCCAUUAGCACGCAUAUCGAUCAUUUCUUCCGCGUGAAUCAUCCUGACUACUAUCUCUGCAAUCAGGUUAUCUAUAAUGCAAACAAGCUAGCAAAGCUAGUCAAGAAGAGAGAGGGGCUGCAAAACUGGCUGGACUAUUACCAGCUACAGUUCCAAAGAAAAAACACGGAGCGGCCUAUGACCAAGACUGGCUUAUGGGGUCUGUGGGGACAGAAAGUUGAUGCAAUCCAAUACUAUACCGACGGUAUAAAUCAGAUCUCGAAGGAGGCUGCAGCAGAGCGUGAACGUGUUCUCAACGACGACAGUUCAAAGCUUCCUGUAGCUUUUGUAUCUUUCAGGUCAAGAUGGGGAGCGGCAGUCUGCGCACAGACACAGCAAACCAGGGAUCCCACAGUAUGGCUGACGGAGUGGGCUCCUGAGCCUCGAGACGUAUACUGGCGAAAUCUUUCGGUUCCGUAUCUACAGCUCACCAUGAGAAAGCUGUUCAUAACCGGAGCGGUUUUCCUGCUCAUCUUUUUCUACAUUAUUCCCGUGACAUUUGUGCAGUCGUUGGCCAACCUGGAAGGUAUUGAGAAGAAGCUAACGUUCCUGAGGCCAAUCAUUGAAGCGAAGUUCAUCAAGUCGUUCCUCCAAGGUUUCCUUCCCGGUCUGGCACUCAAGCUGUUUCUACACUUCCUUCCAAAGCUUUUGAUGUUCAUGUCCAAGAUAGAAGGCCAUCUGGCUUUGUCGCAGCUCGAAGUAUCUACAUCAGCAAAGUACUACUACUUUAUGGUCGUCAACGUUUUCUUUGCCAGUGUGAUCGCUGGAGCAGCGUUUGAGCAACUUAAAACCUUCUUCCAGCAGUCUCCAAGCCAGAUUCCUGUGAUCUUAGCUGGGAGUAUCCCGCAAAAAGCAACAUUCUUCAUCACAUAUAUCAUGGUUGACGGCUGGGCCAGCAUUGCAGCAGACAUCAUGCGUAUAAAGCCGCUGAUCGUUUAUCACUUGAAAAACAUGUUCCUGGUUAAAACUGACAAAGACCGAGAGAACGCAAUGAGUCCAGGGAGUGCAGGCUUUGACACUGUCUUCCCUCAGCUAGAACUCUAUUUCUUACUUGGAACCGUCUAUUCUAUUAUCACACCAUUCAUUCUCCCGUUUAUAAUCGUGUACUUGGCAUUCGCGUACGUGGUCUAUCGACAUCAGGUGAUCAACGUGUACGACCCCGAGUACGAGAGUGCAGCAGCCUUCUGGCCGCAUAUCCACAACCGGAUCAUCGUCUCACUGCUCGUCGAGCAAAUUACACUGUUUGGAGUUUUCGCCGGGAAGAGAGCCGCCGCCUCCACUCCUCUACUUAUUGGUCUCCCGAUCAUGACGAUAGUUUUCCACUACUACUGCAAGAAUCGCUUCGAGCCGGCGUUCCGAAAGUAUCCACUAGAAGAGGCAAUGUCGAAGGACAUUGUCGACAGAGCUACACAUCCAAACUGGAACAUUAAGACAUAUCUCCAAAACUCAUAUAUGCAUCCAGUGUUUAAGGACAGUGAGGAGGAAAUGGACGAGGAGGGAUUUGACGCCGAGAGGUCAACGCUGGUUCCCACGAAGAGGAGCUCGCGCUCCAACACCCCAGCUCCCAGCGCCAAUGGAGAAGAAUCACCGUUUCACGGUUAAAUGUAUUUCCCUUCGAUUAAGGUGUAAUUGUAAACGCUGUGGACAAGAAGUUUUCUCUCUGAAGGAUCAAAAGA